UUCUGACAAUAUUCUCUGUACGAAGGAGCAGUCAGUCUACUGUUGUGUGUUUUCGUGCUGCCAAUCUCUCCCCAUUUUCCAGAAAAAUCCAACGCAUUACUUCUUAAUUACUCGGUUUACACUUUCAAUAAAGCUAAAACAAUAAAUGGUUCCAGUAGUACAUCCUCCAUUACACUCGAAUCGGAAAUCACAGCAAUUUAAUGCUCACGAAUCAUGCUCCAUACAUCGACUGAAUAAGCAUUUUUUCCACUAAAAUCACUACUUUUCUCUUUCACUCUUUAGCUCUGCUUCUGGGGUUUCCUGGGUGUCAAUGGUCUCACGCUGCUCACACAUUUCUUGAUGUUAUCAGAUUUUAUGUGUUUUUUUUUGUAAUUUACUAUGGGGGGAGAAGUCAUUAGUGUUUUUGCUGUUUCGAGCUCGCUACAGUUAAUGGGUUUUCAUCAGAUCUCGUUUCUUCGCGAAAAGAAUGUGAUUUGAAGCUGAUCUAAGCUUCAAUAUUAGUGUUUUGUUGUUUUAGUACUGCAUCGCUGUGUUUAUUUUGAGGAGAUGGAUCGCCAUUUUGAAGGGUUUACGCUUGCCAGAUUCUGGCGUCAAAUGGUUUCAGUAGAUGCAACAGAUUUUCGACCAAGGUCUUCGGGGGGUUCUGUUAGAUUUUGAUUGUACCAUCUCACGUUGGGUCUAUGAAUCGUUCGGGAUAGAAGGAGGUUUUUUUCUUCCUGGGAAAAUCAUUCUGUCUACAGAGUUACUUACUAGUGUGCUUUUUGGGAUUCUGAUUUGUGAUUUAGAGGAAACAAUCUAGUUGGUACUCUUGGCACCAGAAAAGCUUAUCAACAAAGCAUCGAUAGCGGAACAUGAAUUUAUUUAAAGUCAAAAUAUUCAGCAAGGCGCACAAACCAGGCACAGAAAAAGAUUUAGAGGAUAAGCCGGUGCCCCAGCCAGAGGAACCAGAGAUUGAGAAUGGUGGUAAUGAUUUGAGUAAGUCUGCUACUGCUGAUCCUGCUGCUGAAGCUGAGGAUGAUGAUGAUGAUUUUAUUACGAAUGAGGUGAAGAGGAGGUUGAAAGAACUGAGAAGAAACAGCUUCAUGGUGUUGAUUCCUGAAGAAGAGUCAUGUGCUGAAGAGGAAGAGGAAGAGGAGGAGGAAGAGGAGGGCGAGACAAGCUCUAGUGACUGGAGGGAUGUGGAAGCAGAAGCUCGGCUGUGGUGGGGAGGCUUUGAUGCUGUGUAUGACAAGUACUGUGAGCGAAUGCUGUUCUUUGAUCGGAUGAGCGCGCGGCAGCUUGAUGAAGUUGGUAAAGGUUGUCUAACGGGCUCUCAAGCCCCUGCAACUCCAUCCCCGAGAUCUGCAUCUAAGAAGCUUACAUCCCCUCUUCGCUGUCUUUCUUUAAAGAAGAUUGAAGAACCUGAUGACGAAACUGAGCACCUUCAGCAGCCAUGUCAUGAUCCAUACCAAGAUAUUGAAACGGCUUAUGUAGCUCAAAUCUGCUUGACUUGGGAAGCACUACACUGUCAAUACGCUCAGUUGAUUCAGAAAAUCACAUGCCAACCUGAUAAUCCGACCUGCUAUAAUUACAGUGCUCAGCAGUUUCAACAAUUCCAGGUUCUGUUACAGAGGUUUAUUGAGAAUGAGCCCUUUGAGGAAGGUCUGAGGGCAGAAAUUUAUGCUCGAUCAAGGAAUCUGUUGCCUAAACUGCUCCAGGUUUCUAAUAUAAAAGGAUUGGAUAAAAGAGAAACGGAGGAAGAAUCAACAGAUCUGACUGUCCUUGCCCCUGAUCUCAUAAGGAUCAUUGAGAGCUCAAUCCUUACUUUCCACUCGUUCAUGAAGAUGGAAAAGAAAAAAUCAAGCGGCGCUCGUCACCUAUUUGGAAAUCAGAACCAGAUUGCAAUCCCUCUUCAACAGGUUCAAUCAUCACUGGAGAAGAAGGGGAUAAAACUGAAGGAACUGCGCAAAAGAAGGAAAGGCUGGAAGAAGAAAUCUUGGCCCCAAACAGAUGAAGAUGUUCAGCUAUUUUUCAGCCUAAUUGAUGUGAAAAUCUUAUCCAGAGUUAUCAGAAUGGUGAGGAUCACCAAGGAGCAGUUGUUGUGGUGUGAAGAAAAGUUGAAAAAACUGGAUUUAUCAGAUGGCAAGCUGCGAAGAGAUUCCUCCCCCAUCUUUUUCCCCUGUCAAUAACAGAUGUUGGGACGGAUGAAGGAAGCAUUCAAGCAUCCCCCUCUCUUUUCAGUCUUUUUGCGUUGUUGAUGCUGGCUAGGAAUUGAUGUCCCUGUACUAGGAAUGCCAAUAUGCCACAUAUAGUUUGAGCCUAAUGGCAGUAAUUCCUUGUUCUCAUUGACAAGGUAAAGAAUUGCAAAAUGGCUCUCUGCUGUAUGUUAUUUUGUUACCCAUAUUGGUGUUGCAGAUUAAUUGUUAUGAAUACUUAUUUUAGUAUCCUAAUGUGUAAGAUUUUCAUUUCCUUUUU